CUUCCGGCUUCUCUCUGUGGCGCUCAUUUUAGCGGUUUUUGGGUCCGUUAUAGCUGACCGUGUGCAGGACCCCUUUGUCCAGAGAUAGGGGACGAAGAGUCUGAAGGAGCGGUUCUAGAGGUAGUAUUCAUCGCACAUCGGGCGCUGGCGGCGACAGCUUUGCCCAAGUCCCCGUCCCCAUACCCUGCGGUCUGUGCUCGCCCAGUUGGAUGGCUGCGCACAGGCACCAGGCUUAGGUAUCCAUCACUGCAGAAUUGGAUAUGGCCCUUGUGCAGGGCUGUGUGAGCUUUGAGGAUGUGGCCAUUUGCUUCUCCCAUGAAGAGUGGAGACUCCUUGACAAGACUCAGAGGCUCCUGUAUCUCAGUGUUACGUUGCAGAACUUUGCACUUAUAAACUCCUUGGGUUGUGGUCAUAGAACAGAAGCUGAAGAGCAAAAAGUUUCUACACGAGCAUCCCAGGCUUGGAGAUCUGAGACAACUCCAUCUGCACCGAAAGCUCACCUCUGUGAAAAGUGUGUCCCGAUUCUUCAAGACAUUUUGCACCUGCCAGAUCUACCUGGGCAGAAACAUAGUGUAGAGGUAUCUUCAAAAUGUGAUCAGCACCAAAAACAUACUAGUACAGAAAAUCCCUUGAAGAAGAACGCUGACAAGGCCUCGUACUUGAAACGAUGCCUGUUCCUUAUGUCAGCCAAGUCCUUCCCCAGUUGGGAUGUUGAGAAGGACCUGCCAGACAUACUGAGCCUUCUGAAGUCCCAGGUCCUUCCCAACAGUAAGAAGCCCAGCGAAAGCACUGAGGGUGGGAAAGAAGCUCACAGUCGUGAGAGUCACAGGUCAGGAGACUGUGGGAAGCCUUCCAGUCAAAAGCAAGUAGUCGUUGACCAGCCAAAAGCCUCUUAUGGGAAAAAGCUUUAUGAGUGCAGCAAAUGUGGGAAAACAUUCCGUGGCAAGUACUCACUUGACCAGCAUCAGCGAGUCCACACUGGAGAAAGGCCUUGGGAGUGCAGUGAUUGUGGGAAGCUCUUUAGCCAAACCUCCCACCUGAAUGAUCACCGUAGGAUACACACUGGAGAAAGGCCUUAUGAGUGUAGUGAAUGCGGAAAAUUAUUUAGACAGAACUCCAGUCUUGUUGACCACCAGAAAACUCAUACUGGAGCAAGACCUUAUGAGUGUAGCCAGUGUGGAAAAUCCUUUAGUCAAAAGGCCACACUUGUUAAACACCAGAGAGUUCACACUGGAGAAAGGCCUUACAAGUGUAGUGAGUGUGGGAAUUCCUUUAGUCAAAGUGCCAUUCUUAACCAACACCGGAGAAUUCACACUGGAGCAAAGCCGUAUGAAUGUAACGAGUGUGGGAAAUCCUUUAGCCAAAAAGCUACCCUUAUUAAACACCAGAGAGUUCACACUGGAGAAAGGCCUUACAAGUGUACUGAAUGUGGGAAAUCCUUCAGUCAAAGCUCCAUCCUUAUUCAACACCGGAGAAUUCACACAGGGGCAAGGCCCUAUGUGUGUGGCCAGUGUGGAAAGUCUUUUAGCCAGAAGUCUGGUCUCAUGCAGCAUCAGGUAGUUCACACUGGAGAAAGGCCUUACGAAUGUGACACGUGCGGCAAUUCCUUUAGCCAGUGCUCUAGCCUCAUUCAUCACCAAAAAUGUCACGUGCGUCAGAAACCUCAUGAAAGUAGCAGAUGUGGAUAAGCCUUCAUCCCAAGGCCUAGCAUCAUUUAGCUCCUCCAAGUUUAUACUUGAGAAAAGCCUUAG